AGUUGUUGGAAAAGUCCGAUCUGCACUCCGUGUUGGUCCAUAAACUGCAAGGUGAAAAGCAUGACGUGGUGCCAAACAGGCAUGAGAUCAGCCCCGCCCCUGACGGUGCCUGGAACGACGGUCAGCUCCAGGAGAUGGCGCUCCUGCGCAUCAAGCACCAGGAGGAGCUGACGGAGCUGCACAAGAAGCGCGGGGAGCUGGCCCAGUUGGUGAUUGACCUGAAUAACCAGAUGCAGCAGAAGGACCGCGAGAUGCAGGCCAACGAGGCCAGAAUUGCAGAGUGCCUGCAGGCCAUCUCUGACCUGGAGGCAGAGUGCAUGGACCUGCGCGGUCAGCUGCAGGACCUGGAGCGGGCCAACCAGACCCUGAAGGACGAGUACGACGCGCUGCAGAUCACCUUCACCGCCGUGGAGGAGAAGCUGCGCAAGACCUCAGAGGAGAACCAGGAGCUGGUCACCCGCUGGAUGGCCGAGAAGGCCCAGGAAGCCAACCGCCUCAACGCUGAGAACGAGAAGGACUCCAGGAGGCGGCAAGCCCGGCUGCAGAAAGAGCUGGCGGAAGCGGCCAAGGAGCCUCUGCCUGUGGAACAGUAAGUGGGUGGGCGGGACCCUGCACCUCACCCCAUGGGCCCCUCGAACCUUUCCCUCAUAGCUUCUUGUCUGCUUUGACGACUCUCGCAGCCUGCUGGAGGCCUUCUGGAUUCUAUCACUAAUAUCUUUGGGCGGCGCUCCAUCUCCUCCCCUCCCGUGCCCCAAGAUGGUGUGGAUGUGCACCCCAGCUCCAGCAAAGACGUGAGGGUGCCCACCACCGCGCUGUGCAUCUUUGAUGCCCACGACGGGGAGGUAAACGCCGUGCAGUUCAGCCCCGGCUCCCGGAUGCUGGCCACUGGUGGCAUGGACCGCAGGGUCAAACUCUGGGAAGUGUUCUCAGACAAAUGCGAGCUCCAGGGCUCCCUGUCUGGCAGCAAUGCCGGGAUCACGAGCAUCGAGUUCGACAGUGCCGGAUCUUACCUCUUAGCAGCGUCCAAUGAUUUUGCCAGCAGGAUCUGGACGGUGGAUGACUACCGGUUGCGGCACACACUCACGGGACACAGCGGGAAGGUGCUGUCAGCCAAGUUCCUGCUGGACAACGCACGUAUCGUCUCGGGAAGCCAUGACCGGACCCUCAAGCUCUGGGACCUCCGCAGCAAAGUCUGCAUAAAGACGGUGUUUGCCGGAUCCAGUUGCAAUGAUAUUGUCUGCACUGAGCAGUGUGUGAUGAGUGGGCAUUUUGACAAGAAAAUCCGCUUCUGGGACAUCCGGUCCGAGAGCAUCAUCCGAGAGAUGGAGCUGCUGGGGAAGGUGACCGCCCUGGACUUGAACCCGGAACGCACUGAGCUCCUCACUUGCUCCCGGGAUGACCUGCUGAAGAUCAUCGAUCUGCGGAAGAACACCGUCCGGCAGUCCUUCAGCGCCCCUGGCUUCAAGUGCAGCUCUGACUGGACCAGGGCCGUGUUCAGCCCUGACGGCAGCUUUGUGACAGCAGGCUCUGCCGAGGGUGCACUCUAUGUGUGGAGGGUGCUCACAGGCAAGGUGGAGAAGGUCCUGGCGAAGCAGCACAGCGCCGCCAUCAACGCUGUGGCCUGGUCCCCCUCGGGCUCGCAGGUGGUCAGUGUGGACAAAGGAAGCAAAGCUGUGCUGUGGUCGGAGUACUGAGGGGCUCCACGGACCCUUCUCCGAGGAGAGGAGCAGACUGCCACAGCAGCGCCGCGUGGCCCGGCCCGGUGCCUUACCCUGCUGA